GGGGCAACUUCCUUCCUCUCCACUCAAGAUGGCGGGAGGCGAGGCCGGUGUUACGCUAGGGCAGCCGCACCUUUCUCGCCAGGAUCUCGCCACUUUGGAUGUUACCAAAUUGACGCCACUUUCGCAUGAAGUUAUCAGCAGACAAGCCACAAUUAAUAUAGGUACAAUUGGUCAUGUAGCUCAUGGGAAAUCCACAGUUGUAAAGGCCAUUUCUGGAGUUCACACUGUCAGGUUCAAAAAUGAAUUAGAAAGAAAUAUUACAAUCAAGCUUGGGUAUGCUAAUGCUAAGAUUUAUAAACUUGAUGACCCAAGUUGUCCUCGGCCAGAAUGUUAUAGAUCCUGUGGAAGUAGUACACCUGAUGAGUUUCCUACAGACAUUCCAGGGACCAAAGGGAACUUCAAAUUAGUCAGACAUGUUUCCUUUGUUGACUGUCCUGGCCACGAUAUUUUGAUGGCUACUAUGCUGAACGGUGCGGCAGUGAUGGAUGCAGCUCUUCUGUUGAUAGCUGGUAAUGAAUCUUGUCCUCAACCUCAGACUUCUGAACACCUGGCUGCUAUAGAAAUCAUGAAACUGAAGCAUAUUUUGAUUCUACAAAAUAAAAUUGAUUUGGUAAAAGAAAGCCAGGCUAAAGAACAAUAUGAACAGAUCCUUGCAUUUGUACAAGGUACAGUAGCAGAAGGAGCUCCUAUUAUUCCAAUUUCUGCUCAGCUGAAGUACAAUAUUGAAGUUGUCUGUGAGUAUAUAGUAAAGAAAAUUCCAGUACCCCCAAGAGACUUUACUUCAGAACCUCGACUUAUUGUUAUUAGAUCCUUUGAUGUCAACAAACCUGGCUGUGAGGUUGAUGACCUUAAGGGGGGUGUAGCUGGUGGCAGUAUUCUAAAAGGAGUAUUAAAGGUGGGCCAGGAGAUAGAAGUCAGGCCUGGUAUUGUUUCCAAAGAUAGCGAAGGAAAACUCAUGUGUAAACCAAUCUUUUCCAAAAUUGUAUCACUUUUUGCGGAACAUAAUGAUCUUCAGUAUGCUGCUCCUGGGGGUCUUAUUGGAGUUGGAACAAAAAUUGACCCCACUUUGUGCCGGGCUGACAGAAUGGUGGGACAGGUGCUUGGUGCCGUUGGAGCUCUACCUGAGAUCUUCACAGAACUGGAAAUUUCCUAUUUCCUUCUUAGACGGCUUCUAGGUGUCCGCACUGAAGGAGAUAAGAAAGCAGCAAAGGUGCAAAAGCUAUCUAAGAAUGAAGUGCUCAUGGUGAACAUAGGAUCCCUGUCUACAGGAGGAAGAGUUAGUGCAGUCAAGGCUGAUUUGGGCAAAAUUGUUUUGACUAAUCCUGUGUGCACUGAAGUAGGAGAAAAAAUAGCCCUUAGCCGAAGAGUUGAGAAACACUGGCGUUUAAUUGGUUGGGGCCAGAUAAGAAGAGGAGUGACAAUCAAGCCAACAGUAGAUGAUGACUGAAGAAUCCCAGUUAAAUACAUUUGGGUCAAGUCAGAAUUUCUCUUUAACAACCUAGGGGUAUAUUUUCAAAAACAAUAUUGGGGAAUUAAUUUCACAGCUCAUUACCUCAGUAGUAGCUGUAAGGUUAUUCUCAUUAUUAGGUGAUGAAAAUUUAGCCUCUAGUACUCAAAUAGGAUCUAAAAUAAAUGUAAAAAUUGGCAUGAUGUUGGAUUUAAUCUACAUUUUAGCAGAAAUGAAUCAUUCCCAAAUAAUGUCUAAUUUAUACAUCAAUGCAGGUCUUAAAUGAAACUUCGCUACAGUCAGCUUUUGCUGUAGCAUAUAUAGCACUGAACUUGUUUAAAAAUAAAGUUUUUCUUCUUAUUUUUUCAUGAUUCAUCUUUGAGUAGUUCCAGGCUUAAAGGAAUUUUGCACCAGUAAAAACUUGGAUACAAAUUCUUGAAGACCAACUCCUCUUCUGCCCCAUUGUUGAUGUUGCUUUAUCUUUGUAAUUUAGAAUGAAAAGGAAAUUAAUAGGCUUAAAUUAAAUUUUCCUUUAGAGCAUGA